AUGGAUUGCUUAGAGCAUAGCCAAGAUAAAUACCUCACUUCCUUCAACAACGUGGCUAUCGCUGCAUUAUUCGGAGUUUCGGCUCUUGCAGUAGAUCCUUGUACCCAUGUACCAGCACUGGCAAAACAAAUCGCCGAAAUAAGUGUGACAUCGGCGUCGUGGACCUCGAGAAACGAACUGGUCCUCUCAGGUUCGAGUACGGAUGCAGCGCUCCCGAAUCAAUAUGGGUUCUGCCGAGUGAAGGGCCACAUUGAAUAUAGUGGCAACAACUCGCUUGCGUUUGAAUUGUGGCUACCCGAGCAGGAUUCAUAUAAUGAAAGAUAUCUUGUUGCUGGAAAUGGAGGCCUUGCGGGAACGAUUGAUACAUCUGCCAUGAUGUUGAAUCUCAAUCGAGGUUAUGCGGUUGCAGCAGGAGAUUCCGGCCACGAUGUCGCUCUGAACGGUAACGGCACUACCCAACCAGGACAAUAUAUCUCUUUUUUGAAUAGCCCAGCCCAGACAAAGGCUUGGAUCCAUAACUCUAUCGCCAUGUUGACACCACCGACUCGGGAGCUGUCCGCCUUAUACUACGGAUCGAAGCCAACUUUCAGUUAUUUCAGUGGAUGUUCAACCGGUGGAGCCCAAGGAUUUGCGCUCGCACAAUUGCACCCUGACCUCUUCGAUGGAAUCUACGCUGGCAGUCCUGGGAACUGGUAUUCGCAUUUGAUACUUUCAUUUUUGUGGAAUGCCAAGCGCACAAAGGGUGAUGCAUUUCUAGACCAAUCCGUUCUAAAUUUUACCACAAAUGCAAUCCUAGCAAAAUGCGACAGCCUUGAUGGCGUUGUCGAUGGUCUUAUCGAAAAUCCACUCCAUUGCCCAUUCAACAUCCGCUCGCUGGCAUGCCCAGAUUCAUCCAAGACAUCCAAGAGUAAUGUGACCUGUCUGACUCAACCCCAAAUCAAAGCCAUCGAAGCCAUCUACGCAGGUCCCACAGACAGCCGCAACGGGGAUGUAAUCUACCCGGGUUACACACUCGGAAGCGAAAAGGAGUGGCUCCUCCAGGAAACGUCCUUGUAUCUGAACUAUAGCACUCCAAUUCUGCAAAAUUUGGUCUUCAACAAUAUGUCAUUUGACAUCAGCCAAUUUGAUUUCGGAGCGGAUGUUGAUAAAGUUGAUGCUAUUGCCAGUCCACUCAUUGAUGGCAUCAGUACGGACUUGAGUGCUUUCAGAAAACGGGGUGGGAAGAUGAUUGUCACGCAAGGCUGGACGGAUCCUUACAAUGGUGCCCUUUGGCCCAUUAUGCACCUUGAGCAAUUGCAGAAUACCACCGCGAACGGAAAUGUGUCUGAAUUUUUCAAUCUGUUUAUGAUUCCCGGUGGUGGGCACUGUGGACCGGCAUCAUCUUUUCCCUCCGCACCGUCUACAUACCAUGCCGACGAUGUACUCCGAGCCUGGGUGGAGAAUGACACAUUCCCUGAAUCGAUACUAACAUCUCGGCCUUUGGAUGGAUCGAACCGCACGAGGAAGAUUUGCCCAUGGCCUCAAAAUGCUCGCCUGAAAAGCCCAAGUGCUGGUUCUGAUAAUGCUGAAAGCUUUGUGUGCGCUUAG